AUGGCUAACAAGCGGCUGCUAUGGCUGACCCUGUCUGCCAUCGUAGCUUCUUGGCACAGCGAGGCAAAGUCUGCUGUGAACACAUUCUCCUCCGUCUCCCAGAUUCCUGAGAAAAUAACAGGUGUCAGUCCCCUCCACAAUGGCCAGGUUUGCAGUACAUGGGGCAACUUCCACUUCAAGACCUUUGAUGGGGACGUUUUCCAGUUGGACUCCACCUGCAACUACAUACUUACCUCUUCAUGCAAGGACAGUUACAAGGAAUUCAACAUCCAGAUAAGAAGACAGAAGGCUGCCGGCCAUCCCACCAUCAAAAACAUCAUUAUGAAGCUGGAGGGUUCAGUGGUGGAGCUCUCCAGGGGCUCAGUGAUCAUUAAUGGCAAAUCAGCUAUCCUACCAUUCAGUCAAGCAGGAGUGCUUGUCGAGAAGACUCCCACCUACAUUAAAAUCAAAGCAAAGCUUGGAUUAGUUGCUAUUUGGAAUGAGGAUGACUCUUUUCUGGUGGAGCUAGACCUGAAGUACAAGAACCAAACUUGUGGUCUUUGUGGAGACUUUAAUGGAGUCCAGCUCUACAAUGAGUUCUACAGCCAUGGUGUGAAAAUAUCUCCUGCUGAUUUUGCUAACUUCUGGAAAAUGGAUGGUCCCACUGAAAGCUGCUCUGACUACACACUGGAAUCAGCAGAAAGCUGCAACACUAUGAAACCCCUGUGUGAGCAGAUCCUUACAGGGCCAGCUUUCAACAGCUGUCAUAGUCUGCUGGAUGUUGCCUCCUUCACUUCAGCCUGUGUUGCAGACCUCUGCCACUGUGGCAAUGGCAAAGAACACACAGACCCCUUCUGCCUUUGCAACACCGUGUCUGAGUUCUCCAGACAGUGUGUCCAUGCUGGUGGCAAGCCCAAAAACUGGCGAACGAAAGAGCUCUGCUGGAAGUCAUGUCCUGACAAAAUGGAGUACAAUGAGUGUGGUAGUCCCUGUGCUGAUACCUGCUCCAACCCAGAGGCCAGCCACACCUGCGACAACCACUGUAUUGAUGGAUGUUUCUGCCCUGCAGGAACGGUGCUGGAUGAUUUGAAUAAAAGUGGCUGUGUCCAACUGAGUGAGUGCUCCUGCAACUACAACAGCAAGAUCUAUGGACCUGGAGAGUCCUACUCCAGUAACUGCAAAACAUGUGUGUGCAAGAGUGGCCAGUGGAAGUGUGUGGAGGAGAAAUGUCCAGCAACCUGCUCUGUGGAGGGAGGAGCUCACGUCAACACCUUUGAUGGAAAAGCCUACACCUUUCAUGGGGACUGCUCCUACGUUCUGGCGAAGGACUGCAAUGGAAACCAGUUUGUGGUACUGGGAGACCUAGUGCAGUGUGGACUGACUGAGACUGAAACCUGCCUCAAGUCCGUAACCUUGGGUCUGUCUGGAGGGGCUAAUGUGAUCACCAUCCAGCCCAAUGGAAAGGUGUUUGUGAAUGGCAUUUACGCUCAGUUACCCUUUUCUGCUGCUGGUAUAUCUGCAUUCAGAGGGUCUUCUUUCUACCUGCUGGUCCAGACGUCUGUUGGUGUUCUGUUGGAGGUACAGCUCCAGCCAGUCAUGCAGCUCUACAUCACAGUGACCACUGACUACUAUGGCAAAACCUGUGGUCUGUGUGGAAACCUCAACAGUAACCAGGCUGAUGACUUUCUUAAACUCAGCGGCGUUCCAGACGCCACAGCAGCUGGUUUUGUCAACAGCUGGAAGACACAUGCUGGUUGCCCUGACGUUAAGAACAGCUUUGAGAACCCCUGCAGUCUGAGUCUGGAUAAUGAGAGGUAUGCCCAGCACUGGUGCUCCAUGCUGAGUGAUCCUCAGGGAGUGUUCGCCGCCUGUCUCUCAGAGAUCAGCCCGGACUCUUACAAAGAGAACUGCAUGUAUGACAGCUGUAACUGUGAGAAAAGUGAGGACUGCAUGUGCGCUGCAGUCUCCUCCUAUGUCCAUGCCUGUGCAGCUGCAGGAAUCCAGAUUAGCAACUGGAGGGAUACUAUCUGCGGGAAAUAUGCCAGCUCCUGCCCUAGCAACAUGAAUUACUCCUACAACAUCACGUCCAGCAGUCGCACCUGCCGCUGCAUCGGUACCACAGACCUCAGCUGCCACUUCUCCUUCCCACCCAUUGACGGCUGUAUCUGUGCAGAGGGAACCUAUCUGGAUGACUCUGGGAAGUGUGUCCCACCUACUGCUUGUCCCUGCUAUGACAAAGGCUCUGUGGUGCUUCCUGGACAGGUUGUCAACAAGGAAGGUGUCAUGUGCACCUGUAAGGAGGGCAAACUCAGCUGCAUCGGAGAGUUUAUUGUGCAGCCAUCAGCCUGCACUCCUCCCAUGGUGUUCUUCAACUGCUCUGCUAACGGUCCAGCUGCAAAAGGAACUGAGUGUGAGAAGAGCUGCAACACAUUAGAUAUGGCCUGUGUGACCACGGGGUGCAUCUCCGGCUGCAUGUGCCCAUCUGGGAUGGUAUCUGACGGCAAGGGAGGCUGCAUCAAGCCAGAGGCCUGUCCCUGUGUUCACAACGGCAUCUCCUUCCAGCCUGGACAGACCACCAAGGUGGACUGCAACACCUGCACUUGUAAAGACAGGAAGUGGCAGUGCACUAGCAAUGAGUGUGAUGGAACCUGCUCUGUGUAUGGUGAUGGACACUACAUGACUUUUGAUCAGAAGCGCUUCACCUUUGAUGGCAGCUGUGAAUACAUUCUCACUCAGGACUACUGUGGCAGUGCCCAGAGUAAUGGAACCUUCAGAGUAAUCACUGAGAAUGUUCCAUGUGGAACCACAGGAACCACCUGCUCCAAGACCAUCAAGAUUUUCCUGGGGACUGCAGAACUGAUUCUAACAGAGGGAAGUUACCAGCUGCUUUCAAGUGGAAAUGAAGAAACAGUUCCAUUCCGUUACAGCACUAUGGGCAUCUACCUGGUAAUUGAAGCCAACAAUGGACUCAUUCUCAUGUGGGACAGGAAGACCAGCUUGUUCAUCAAGCUCAACCCAAAAUAUAAGGGUCGUGUUUGUGGGCUGUGUGGCAGCUAUGACGGCAAUGCAAACAAUGACUUCACUACAAGGUGCAAUGCUGUAGUGGUCAACCCGCUGACGUUUGGAAACAGCUGGAAGGAUUUACCAAGCUGCGCCGAUGCUACAAGCAUCACUAGCCCCUGUACAACCAACCCAUACAGACAGAACUGGGCCCAGAAACAGUGCAGCAUUAUACAGAGCGACGUCUUCUCAGCCUGCCACUCCACUGUGGAUCCUGCUCCAUACUAUGAAGCAUGUGUGUUUGAUUCGUGCGCUUGUGACACUGGUGGAGACUGCGAGUGUUUCUGCACUGCUGUGGCUGCUUAUGCUGAAUCCUGUAAUCAAGCUGGCAUCUGUGUACGAUGGAGAACCCCAAAGAUCUGCCCUAUCUUCUGUGAUUACUACAAUCCCCCUGGUGAAUGUGAAUGGCACUACAUGCCAUGUGGAUCUCCUUGUAUGAAAACCUGCAGGAACCCCUCAGGCAGCUGCUCUACACAGAUACCACCUCUCGAAGGUUGCUAUCCAAAAUGUCCACCUGCUAAGCCAUACUUUGAUGAGGAUACGAUGACAUGUGUUUUGAAAGAAGGAUGCGGCUGCUAUGAUAAAGAAGGGAGACACUAUAAUAAUGAUGACAAAGUGCCGACAACUGAAAACUGUCAUACAUGUACAUGCAGUUCAAUGACCAUCCAAUGCCAUUACGAUGCCCAAGCUUGUACUUGCACGUAUCAUGGAAGUAAAUAUCCCCCUGGCAAGACGAUCUAUAACACAACAGAUGGACAUGGCAACUGCAUCAUAGCAGUGUGUGGGAAGAAUGGUACCAUUGACAGGAGCUCAUACCCAUGCCCAGUAUCUAAACCGACAACACCUAUGCCCACUGUAACCACUACUACAGCCACUCAGUCUCCAACCACAUUUGUUUUUACAUCAACCACCUUAGAAUCAGUCACAGUCACAUGUAAUCCCUGUGCAUGGUCGCCAUGGUAUGAUACCAGCUUCCCUACACUGGGAACUCCAGGAGGAGACAAUGAAACUUAUGAAAAGAUUAGAGAGGCAGGGCACAAGAUAUGCGAAAAGCCAAAUCAGAUCCAAUGCAGAGCUGAGAAAUUCCCCAAUGUCACCAUAGACAAUGUAGGACAAGUGGUGCAAUGUCAUCUGGCUGAGGGGCUGACUUGCAGAAAUGAAGACCAGUCAGGACCGCUGGCCUUGUGCUUUAACUACCAAGUCAGAGUUCUAUGUUGUGAUUAUAGCGCAUGUCCAACACAACCUACUCCUUCUACAACACUUCCAAGAUCAACCACAAAACCUCCAACAACAGAACGUUUAACUGAAACACCUUGUCAGGAAACAUUAUGCUCCUGGUCACAGUGGAUAAAUUCAGACUACCCAGAAUAUGGUCCUGGAGGAGGGGACAAUGAAACUAUCAAACACAUCAUCCAAAAAGGAUAUAACAUCUGUGAGAAUCCAGUGGCAGUGGAGUGUCAGGCGGUGCACUAUCCAGGGGUUCCCCUAAAGCAAAUGGGACAAACAGUAACAUGUAAUAACCAAGGACUCCUGUGUAAGAACAGCUUACAAUACCCCCCCAUAUGUUUAGAUUACGAAAUAAAGGUAAAGUGUUGCAAGACAGUGCAAUGCAACACAACACCAAAACCUGCAACCACACCAACUCCUCCAACAACCACAACACCUUCUACCACAACUGAAACAACUACAACUCCACCACCGACAUCUACUACUCCUAAAACCACUGCACCUUCUACAACUUAUACUACUACUACGCCUCUUACCACAACUGAAACAGCAACAACAACUCAGACACCAACAACCACUCCUACAACCACUACACCUUCUACCACAACUGAAACAACUACAACUCAUCCACCUACAACUACUACUAAAACUUCUACCACAACUGAAACAGCAACAACAACUCAGACACCAACAACCACUCCUACAACCACUACACCUUCUACCACAACUGAAACAACUUCAACUCACCCACCUACAACUACUACUACAACUUCUACCACAACUGAAACAACUAUAACAACUCAGACACCAACAACCACUCCUACAACCUCUACACCUUCUACCACAACUGAAACAAUUUCAACUCACCCACCUACAACUACUACUACAACUUCUACCACAACUGAAACAACUACAACAACUCAGAUACCAACAACCACUCCUACAACCACUACACCUUCUACCACAACUGAAACAACUACAACUCAUCCACCUACAACUACUACUACAACUUCUAGCACAACUGAAACAGCAACAACAACUCAGACACCAACAACCACUCCUACAACCACUACACCUUCUACCACAACUGAAACAACUACAACUCACCCACCUACACCUACUACUACACCUUCUACCACAACUGAAACAACUACAACUCACCCACCUACAACUACAGCUUGCCCUAGGGGUCAGGAUAUGACAUGUGGUUGGUCAGGAUGGAUCAAUCUGGGAAAGCCCACACCAGGACCUGAUGGUGGAGAAGAUGAAUCCAUCCAGAAGAUAAUCUCUGCUGGUCAUCUUUUUUGCCCAGCCCCAGUAGAAGUCCGUUGUAGAGCUGUUCUUUACCCAGGUCUUUCCUUGUCACAGUUAGGACAAGAUGUGACUUGCAAUACAGAUGCUGGUCUCAUAUGUAUCAACAAACAACAAGGGCUUGAGCAAGAGUGUUUUGAUUAUGAGAUUCAAUUGAAAUGCUGUGGGUGUCCAACAUCUCCUCCUCAUUCUACUACAGUUCCAGCUACAACUUCUUCUACUAGCAAACCACCUACACCAUCUACCAUAACUGAAACAACUACAACUCACACAACAACUACUACUAAAACCACUACCCCUUCUCCCACACGUGAAACAGCAACCAUAACUCAUCCACGAACAACAAUUACUACAUCACCUACACUUCCUACCACAACUAAAACACCAACUACUGCUGAGCCACCAAUAAGCAUCUCAACACCUACCACACCUGAUGUACCUGUAGUGACAGGAGGAACUUCGUCCACCUCUCCACAAGUUACUGGAUCUCAGAUUUGCUAUUGCCUCCACAAUGGUACAAAGUUUCUCCCUGGCUCCAUAGUCUACAAUGUGACCGAUCAUGAUGGCCACUGUUUCAUAGGUUACUGCAAUGAGAGCUGUCAUGUAGUGUCCAUACAUCACCCGUGUCCUAUAACUACAGCUAUACCUGGAAAAGAGUGUGUUGAUGUAAAUCCUCCAAGAAAGGAUGGUGAAAGUUGGAAGGUAAAUAACUGUCGUGUUGGAACAUGUGAUAAUGGCAAGGUGACCUAUAACCACACAACCUGUCCAGCUCUGAAGAAAGUAGUGUGUGCAAACAACUUCCCUGCUAUUGAAGUGAAGAAUGAAGAUGAAUGCUGCUCCCACUAUGAAUGCCAAUGUAUCUGCUACGGUUGGGGAGACCCCCAUUACGUCACCUUUGAUGGAACCUACUAUGGUUUUCAAGGCAACUGUUCCUACUGGCUGGUGAAAGAGAUAUUGCCCAAACACAACUUCAGUGUUAUGAUUGAUAACUACUACUGUGGUGCAGCUGAUGGCUUGUCCUGUCCUCAGUCCAUCACUGUCUUCUACAAAAGCUACAAGAUUUUUAUGACCCAGAAGGAUAUCAAAGGCAUUUUUACAAACCAGGUUUCUGUGAAUGACAAGCCUGUUAGUCCUGCAUACCAGAAUGGGGAUUUCCGUAUAAUUACCACUGGUAUUGAUACAGUGCUCGUCAUCCCUGAAAUUCAGGCCAAGGUCACCUUCUCGGGGCUCAUAUUCAGUAUCUACCUGCCCUAUAGUGUAUUUGGCAACAACACGGAGGGACAGUGUGGCACGUGUGACAACAGCCGGGCAGAUGACUGCAUGUUGCCCAGUGGCAAAAUUGAUCCUUCAUGUCCUAAUAUGGCACAUGAGUGGCAUGCUAACGACAGUUACUGUGAACAUCCAAUCCAGCCUACACCAACACCUCUGCCUGAUACCUGUGAUAAAACCCUCUGUCAGAUCAUCAGCAGCAGUGUGUUUGGAGAUUGCCACAAACUCGUUGACUACACUCCAUUUGUUGUGGCCUGUGAGUUUGACAUUUGCCACAUGCACAUUAAUGAAAUUGGCUGUACCAGUUUACAAACCUAUGCUGAUGCCUGCGCUGAAGCUGGAGUGUGCAUUGACUGGAGAAGUACCACCAAAGGAGUCUGUGAAUAUACAUGUCCAAGUCCCAAAGUGUAUCAGGCCUGUGGCCCUCUGGUGGAGCCUACCUGUCAACACUGGUACAACCAGAAAUUCAUCUAUACCUCCAAUGAGUUCAGUGCCAUGACAAAUGUGAAACUGGAGGGUUGCUUCUGCCCAAUUAACACCACCCUCUUCUCAUCCAGCUCAAAUGAAUGUGUGCCCAGCUGUGAAAUUUGUCUGCUGCCAAAUGGAAAAUGGAAAUUGGCCAAUGAAACAUGGACAGAAGGCUGUGAGGAGUGUAUAUGUGAGGACCAUACAUGGCAGAUGACCUGCAGACCCAUGUCCUGUCCAUCACCACCACCCCUCAGCUGUGACCAAGAAGGUCAAGUCAAGAUAAAUUACACUGAUGGCUGCUGUGAAAAGGAGAAGUGUGUGUGUGAUGUGAAGUUAUGCCCUGAUGUUGUGCCGACCUGUGCUGUUGGUUUUACUCCGAACACCACCAUGGGAGUCUGCUGUCACAAAUACUCCUGCGUGCCCAAAAACGAUGUGUGUGUUUUCAACAACCGUGAAUAUCAGGUUGGAGACACUGUGCCCAUGAAGCAAUGUGAGAAUUGCCGUUGUAGUAACCAGACAGAUGCUAGCAGCAGCUGGCACACAGUAGAAUGUCAGCCUAAUCCAUGUGACACACACUGUUCUCUGGGUUAUGAGUACAAGAUCACCCCUGGCCAGUGCUGUGGGAAGUGUGUCCAAGUAGGCUGCAUUGUCACACUUUUGAACAACUCCACAUACAUGUUAAAGCCCGGCACCACUUGGACACCUCCUUGGAACCCCUGUCUGAAGUUUGAGUGUGUGAAGAUCGCUAAUCAGUUCAUCACCAUUGGGGCCAAGACCGUCUGUCCUCUUUUCAACUCCAGUGAAUGCGUACCGGGAACAGAGACCAUAGCUCCAGAUGGAUGCUGCCAUGUCUGUAUUCCCAAGACUCGUCCCUGCACUGUGUCCACCACUGCUGUGCACCUGGAGAGCCAGGGCUGCCACUCCAAAGAACUGGUUAACGUCACAUCCUGUAAUGGUGCAUGUGGUACCUACACCUUAUACUCUACCAAAAUGAGAUCCUUGCAGCACACCUGUUCGUGCUGCCAGGAGUUGACCACAUCCGAGCGGCAGGUCCAGCUCUCCUGCCCCGACAACACCGAGCUCACCUAUACCUACACCCACAUCGACACCUGCGGGUGCCUCAAGACAGAGUGCUCUGUGGUGGGCAGAGGUCAAAUGGCCACUCCCUCCAGCGCCAAGUCACGCCGACGCAGGAGAUAAGGCAAAAAACAAAACCAGCAUUAUGCAUUGGCCACUUGUGUAAUAAACACAUUUCAUAGGACUGGAAGUGAGCAGUCAUAAUUUAAUCAGUGUCAACUUCAUCUGCAUACAUAAUUUCUCUAUUUAUGUCUAAUGUACUUAGUUUUAGCUUGAUAAGAUUCCUAACCCAUAAAAUUCUCAUUAAUAAAGAUCACACUGUAUCUACA